CUUUUAGAAUUUACUCGGCUUACGGCUGUUGCGCGCGUGCCUCCUCCGCCGGCUAUUCCUCUCUCCCUCUCUCUCAUAAUUAAUCUCUUUCGUAGACGUACUCUUCCCCUCACUCUCACUGCACGUCCCUUCCUAAUCCUUCACCGAUCACCCCAAUUCCGAUCUUCCUUUCUAACCCAUUCCUUCUUCUUCUUCAAUAGAUCGCUUGCUUCUUCUCUCUCAGCUUCAUUGUGUCAUUGUCUGUGCUCAUCUCGAUAAUCAAGGGUUUCUCUCAGUAGGAAGUUCCCAUUUUCGCCUUGCACAUUUCCUUGAUCCGGGUUCUGUUCAGAUCUUCGAAAUAACUCCUAGAGAUGGUCGAUCCGACAGGAAAAGUGAGUGAUCACGAGCCGUGAUGGUCUCUUCCGAAGGAUCGCAGGCCGAGGACGCCAAUAACAGAAGCCCUAACUCUGAUUCAUCGGAAGGAAGCCCAAUGAGCAACGAGCAGAAGAAAACCUGCGCCGACUGUGGCACUUCAAAAACCCCUCUCUGGAGAGGCGGUCCGGCCGGGCCCAAGUCUCUGUGCAACGCUUGUGGGAUCAGAAGCAGGAAGAAGAAGAGAGCUAUUCUGGGUAUGAACAAGGGAAGUAUAGAAGACAAGAAGGGCAAAAGAAGCAACAAUGCGAAAAUUGGGGAUAGUUUGAAGCAGAGAUUGAUGGCUCUGGGGAGGGAGGUUUUGAUGCAGAGAUCGUCUGUGGAGAGGCAGAGAAAGAAGCUGGGAGAGGAAGAACAAGCGGCCGUGCUGUUGAUGGCUCUCUCAUACGGCUCUGUUUAUGCUUAAUCCACAAACCAGAGUCCUACUUUUAGAAUAAAAGUAGAGAGAGAGAUGUUUGAUUUUGGUAAUGCCCCCACACUACAUUUCAGAAAUUGUAUGUUCAAAUUUGUGGGGUGAAAUUUUCUGUGAUUAGUUUUGUAUUAGAUUAGUUCGCUGACUGAUGUAGUGGCAUCAUGAAUCUUAUCAAGAAUUGUAAGAAAAUGAUUGAAUCCCAAUUUUGGUAAUAUAAUCCUCUAUUUUUUCCCAA